UCAAGCUCCGGUUCCAUCUCUCUUGUUCUUCCCCCAUCUUCGGUUUUCUAACCCUCCAAGAACUCCUCCAGCUUCAAAAUUCCAACUCAAGCAAAACCCCUUUCUUUAAAUCCUUCACUUCCUUCUCCUCCAUACCUCUACAAUCAGUUGGAUUCGUGGUUUUUUUGGGAGCUAGGGUUUCGGCUGUGGAUUGGGGCACUUGGUGGAUUUUGUUUCAACGGGUCUUCUUCCUCCUUGAUUCUUCUUCGAAUUCAGGAACUAUAAUAGAAACUCAGUCGUCAGUGGCCCAAACUCAGCACACGACCCUGGCAACCGAGAUGACUACUGCAGCUGCGGGGGUCUACCCAGCUGAAAAAAUCGCAAGACCAACUGAAGAAGUCGGUACAUCUGCGAUUAUUACAUCCGCAAUAACUUCGACAACUUAUACAAGCGUGCAAGGGGUGUCGAACGCAGAGUGUCAAACUAGAGAACCUUCAGUAGUUAUUGGACUCUCAACUCAGCUUUAUGAUCUCGUCACGGCGCUACUAUCUAAUAACGACCCAGAUAAAAUUCUCCUUCGCAUGGAAAUUCGCUCUUUCUUCUCGUUCGUGAACGAGAUGGUUGACAAUCUCCUCCGCAACGGGCUUUCUAUUAGUCUCUUCAAGUCAUAUCUCGACAACCAAGUGACUCUUCUAAGGAGUCAAGGGUAUUCAGACCUGGCGGACAUUAUUACUGCAGACUUGGUUUGCCUUGAGUGCGAACUUGCAAAGCUGAAGGGAUUUCAGGUAGCCGGAGUUUCUUCAUAUGUAGACGCUCAGAUGGAAGCCAAGUUACAAGCAUGGCGCGAAGCUCAAAUAUCUGUUGAUUCUAAGAUUCGAGAAGCGGAGGGUCUUGUUCACCAAAUGGAAGCGGCUUAUGCUGGCAGAUCAACAAUUCUUUACAAUAUUGAUUCCUCUCUUGCAUCAGGUGAUGCUACUAUAGCACGACUCGAGCUAGAGUUAAAAGCAGCGAAGGACGCUCAAGCUGCUUUGAAGAUAACGAGGGUACAUGCGGAGCACGCUCGAGAGGAGACGUCUGGACAGCUGACACUCACUAAGGAGAAGUUGGCUGCGACGAAAGCGGAGGCCGUGAAGGUAUUGGCUGCUGAUGAAGACUCUAUGAAGAUCACGAUACGGAGUGAGCUUGAGCAAGCUUAUACUGUGGAAUUAUCUAAGUUAGAGCAACAAGUUCUUAGCCAUAAGCUUCAUGUAGAUUGACCAUGACUUUUGUACCUGCAAACUCAAUUUUAUUAAUAGAAAAUAUGUCUUUUUCAUUCA